AUGGACUCAAAAAGUUAUCAGAGUCCUGAACUACUCUUGGACGACCUUCCAGCAGAUACUCUUGGCAAAGGGCUGCCAGCGUUGACCGUGAAGUCGGGCAUUGAUCGUUUGCUUGAGCAUGAUAUCCCACCCGAACGGAAUCUUGGAAGUUUUGUAUCUACUGGUCUAAACGAUAUCGGGGAGAGUCUUCUUUUGGAGAAUUAUCAGAGAAACCUCGCUUGCCAAAACGAGUAUACUGGUGUUCGAAAGAUACACGACCGGUGCGUUGCAAUACUCGGAGCACUAUGGGGAUCACCGUGCAAUGAGAAGCCAAUUGGUUCUGCGGUGUCAGGUAGUUCUGAGGCUAUUUUCCUUGGUAUCCUGGCUAUGAAACGAAAAUGGCAGGCAGAAAACGGAGGUAUUGCCUCCCCGCAUGGCCCAGCCCUCAAUAUAAUCACAGGAAGUCAUGCCCAUGUCGCUGUGACAAACGCGGCUAGAGCAAACGACAUCGAGAUUCGUACAGUGUUGGUAGGGCCAGAAAGCAAUUACAGCUUCGACCCGUCCAAGAUGCAGGGACUGUUGGAUAGUUCUACCAUUGGAGUUGUCUUGGUAUUGGGUAAUACAUAUACAGGACAUUUUGACCCAAUUGAGAACGCUAGUAUUGUUCUAGACAACUACGAACACUCAUAUGGUCGUAGUAUUCCCAUUCAUGUUGAUGCAGCUAGUGGUGGCUUUGUUGCGCCAUUUAACGGUGGGAACUCUAGUCCAUGGGACUUUGCUUUACCUCGUGUCGCUUCUAUCAACGUGUCCGGACAUAAGUUCGGCCUUACAGCUGCAACUUUGGGCUGGAUUAUAUGGCGCAAUCGGGGAUUCCUGCCCUCGGAUCUGCUCCACGAAUCAUCCUACCUUUCAGGACACCAUGAGCUCCCAACACUUCGUUACUCUCAAUCUUCAGCCAACUUGUUAAUCCAAUAUUAUCAAUUGGCUCAUCUAGGUCAUCAAGGGUACGAAAACGUCAUUCAAGAUCUGUUAAAGCGAUCCAGUGCUCUAGGCAAGACUUUGGAAGAAACGGGAAUAUUCACGUGCAUCAGUGAAUCUCACAGGGCCUUGGCAAACACGUUACCGGUAGUUGUCUUCCGUGUCAACUCUGUAGUACAAGACAAGCGCCCGGAUGUUACUGAGCAGUGGAUUAGUGAUAAACUCUUUAAUAAGGGCUACAGUGUUCCAUGUUCUAAACUUCCCAUCGAUGGAGAGGACAUAGAGGUCUUACGAGUAGUCAUGAGACCGAGCCUUAAGCCUCAUGUGCUGGAUUCAUUUGUUGCCGAACUUCUUUCUUUGUUUAAUAACAAAAUGUUUAAGUCCCUAUUAUAG